AUGGAUGUUUCGAGGUAUGUAGAGGCAAGCCCUCCUUCCUAGCCUCUGUAGGCUCACUCUCCUAUAUUUUGGUGUUGGAGGAUUGGCUGUGCUUGGCGGCCUAUCAGAAAUCGACAAGCAACACCUCAUCGACUUUAUCUACGCUCAUCAGAUUGCGCCUUCAAAUGGUACGACCAUCGGACAAGAGUGGCCACGGGAGUGUGAUCUUCAGGCGAAUUUUGUGUUUUAGACCUACUUUUGCACCUCUGCGCAUUUUGAGGAGGAUGAGUCUGUAAAAGGGGUCUCCUCCAAAGUUUCGGAUUACCUCAACUUGCCCUUUUCAUUUGCGAAAUUACCUCUAACAUUACAAAUCCUUUGAAGUAAUCAAUAUAUUAGGAUAAGCGUGGCCUCAAACGUAAGGCAUCAGAUACGAUGUGGUUUUCUCAUGUUAGUGAUCCUUUAUCACCAGUUUGCUCUGCCUGAAUAGUACCGACAGACGAGUAUCGGCGUUUUUGGAAAGGGCAGCUUGAAAACCAUGCUCAGUAAACUGACACAGAUUUGGGGCGCCCUUAAUUUGUGCGGGCAUUUUGAUAAGCAAGUAAGCGCACAAACUUGCCGGUUUCUAUCUUAUGUGGUUUCCUGCUUUCGCCAACUGCCGUUUCACUUGACACAAUAAAGUCAGCAUCCCACUAGGGAGACACUUAAGCACUGAAGGUUAUAGAAACGAGGGCAAACCCCUCUGGUACAGAUAUUUAGAGGAAGUUUUUCACUGUCGACUGACAAACUUCCUUCGUGUUGAUGUCCUUGUGCUAUUUUUCUUUACCGGAAAUAUCGCAAGGCGCAGGAAAAGUUUGAAAGUGAGGUCAUAAUUUCCUUCUUUUUUGCAAUUUCGCUUAAUAUUUUCGUCUAUUUUGCCUACCAUUUUAAACUAACACAUGAAGACUCAACUUGCAAGCAGAGUUGCCCCUUAUCAUGGUACUGUUUAGAAAAUUUAUCUGAUCUUCAUGAGUAGCAAGAGUAAUAAUCCUAACCACGAAUUUAUCCAUUUUCUAUGAAAUUCCAUGUCAGAAACCCUAUCGUCGGGCGAUAGUCAUAUGGUACUAGCUGGCUGAAAAUAAGCAUUUGUGAUUUUCAUCUUCAAGUGGCUGAAAAUCCGAUACAAAAUCAGUUCCCCUAGGAUGAGAACAAAUAACCCCGAAAUAGGCAAGUUUGGAUAAUUAUUCGAAUGGGCAUUUGCGAGGGUUGCACAGCAGUACCUGUUAUUUCAUUGCUGGACCAAGUCGUUCUAAACUGACUUAUGGACGGUCAUGGCUUUACAAACCUAAUUUUCGAGCUCGUUCGGCACUGCCCGGUAAUUUGGCUGUCACUUAUGAUAUUGACCGUCCUCGUUGAAUCGCGUUUGGGGCUUGGAUGGUGGGGGGAUAUUUUGAAGUUGAAGCGCGUGUAGAGGCCUUGGACAGGACACUAUCCAGCCGACAAUGCAUGUCGCCGAAGUUUGUUUCCGUUCGAUAGUUGGUGGUGUUGCCGUUGUUCGGCGAUAGCCAUUAGCAGAGAGGGUUUUUAAUUCAGUUGAGCGUCAGAUAGGUAUAACAAGUUCGGGCGUGGGUUCGCUGUAGACAUCAAAGCGACUCAGGUAGUAGUUGUGAGCAGCAUGCGUGGACUCGGGGGGUUGCGGCUGCUGCAUCAGAUUUCCUCUCCGUUUUACUCCGCGUUUGUGUUACAGACGCCGCAGGAGUGUAAGAAUCGUGCUGGUUGGAGUUCACUGGACCGAAGUGGCGUAGCAUUUGGCUUGGAAUGUCGUGCCUGGCGGUUGGCUUGCUACGCGGAUUAGUUCAUGGGUGAUUUGCACUCGCCUUAAACAUGCUAUUUUCAGGUCGCCCUUUUGUUUUUCUAUGCACUUUGACCUGAGGGAAGUGGGGCGUCGUACAAUUAUCGUUUUUCAGUCAUUGACUAAACAUACCCGAACCGGAAGAGGGCGCGAAGACAAGCUCUCUGGUUGAGUGUAAGCCUUUUUACUGAACUUCUUUCUUCAUAACCUAAUCGGGGCAUUUCACUCGUAUCCUCCUUGGAUAUUCUAACCCUGAAUGUCUAGGUAUCCAACCCUUAUUAAUAAGACACGAAUGUUUAAUGCACUGCCGUUUGUCGCCACCUGACCGGUGCAUAAAGGCCCAAAGUGGCAAAAAUAAGCCGAAAUUUUGCUUGUUCCAUUUACAUACAAGGGUGACCUCUGCACCAUCUCCUUAGCACAUUUGUUCCCAUCGCUCUCUAUGGCCAAACUGUUGUGUGCUCCCUCCCAAACGACCUGCACCACCGCCCUGUUGGAUCAUAACUUGGGUCAUGCGUUAGACUGCGCUGCGUCCAUGUGCGUCUUCACCUACAGUCGUAUAUACAUGUCACACGCGCUGGACGGAGACCCCCCUCGUGUUACUACGUCGUAUCUCAUCGCUGCUCGACCGACAUAUUCAAACAAACUACUGACACGAGGGAGAAGGAGGGAGGAGUAAGACUGAUAUGGAGGCAUUUUGGCGUGUUUCUCACUUUAAGUCUGACGCGAUAAGCUGUGGUUUCGAAGGUUGUCAGCAUACACACUAACUCGCCCUCCUCUAGGACGAUGGCCGGACUGCAAGGGUUCCUCAGCAUGACCAUUUUGAUAGCUUUCAGUCCUCUUGUAUCUGAAACUCCACUGAAUUUUGGUAUGCGUGAAGUUGGCGUGAUCAAGCGGUCUGUUUAACUCUCUCGGUCGCUGCUCCCACGCCCAUCUCCGGUCGUCUUCAUCCUGUCUUGUUUUCGGAUGAUGAUGAUGAUGAUGAUGAUGAUGAUGAUGAUGAUGAUGCUGAUGAUGAUGAUGAUGAUGAUGAUGAUGAUGAUGAUGAUGAUGAUGAUGAUGAUGAUGGGCACGGAGAGUGAAGUAAGGUAAGUACAGAGCCAGUUCGCUGCAUUAUAAACAAAUCCACUACGCCUACCUUGUCGGUCGGUAAUGCACAUCGCAUCGGUAGCCGGAGGGGGUUUGGUCAGGAUGAGGCUAUGUUCCGCACAGGUUUGCAAGAGGAGCAGGCUAUUGUCAUUGGGGCUGACGAGAUCAUGGGGACCCAGCAAUCCUCUCCAGGCAGCGUGGUCUGUGCCUACGUGGGCACUGAAGUCACCGAGGACAAUCAACUUGUCCGACUUCGACACAUUCGCCAGGAGGGUGUACAGGCCAUCGUAUAAUCUGUUGCACGCCUCGUCAGAACUGGUCAUCGGGGGAGCGUAGACGUUGACGAUAGUUGCGAAUCUGCCUCCCCGGAAAAGCAGGUGGGGGCUCAUCAGGCGUUCGUUGAUGCCCUUCGGCAGACAGGGCGGUCGUCCCACGAUGUCGUUCCGGAUGGCAAAAGCGAUGCCCGCGUCUCGUCGCCCCGCUCUAUGGCGACUGCUCCGAAAGAGGGCAUAACCGGCAUCUACCUCCUCCAGUUGGCCUUGUUUAGAGAAUCAGGUCUCGCUGAGUGCAGCAAUGUCCACCUCGCAGCGCGCUAGUUACCGAGCUACUAGCGCCGUCCUUCGUUCCGUCCGCUUGCUCCUGGGAUUAUCUAAAGCGGAACGAACAAUCCAGGCCGCCAGACUGAGCGGACUCACCCGUGACUUUCCGUCAGCGAUCGUACCACGUAGAAGGCAUCGAUUAUCCUCUGCCCGGCGCCAUGACCAAGUCAAGAAGGUCUGAAGUGAGAAACGCCGCAGGUGUCUGGCACGGCGGAACCCGCACCUGGGCGCUCCUCCAUGACCUCUGGGACACAGCGCACACUGACUAGAAUUAUAUGCUACAACACAAAUAGGGGAGCGGCAUGGAUCUCGGUGGGUGCAGAGUGAAUAGGCAACUAGGUCUGCCGCCACACCGCAGUGUUGGCAUUUGUUAUGGGUGUCCAUUCCCGAUAACGCCUGUCGGGAUGUGAUAUGGCCCCCGUGUUUGUCCAACGCAUCAACUGCGUGGCCUGUUUCAGGGGCACAAGUAACUUGAAUAAUUGUAGCCUUUUCAUAUCUGUACAUACGGUAUAAGGGAUACUUUAAAACCAAUUGCUUGUCAAGUAAGUAAAAAACAUUGGUCUCCAUAAUUCUUAUACAAGACACCAAAUAUCAGAAAUCGGAGUAACUUCGGUUCUUAAUUAUGAAGGGAACAUUGAACUGUUUCUUUUCGAACACAAACUGCGCCAUGUAAACUCAACUUGCAGAUUCUUAUACAGUCUACUCUAUCAAUUCGUUACGGACACAAUAGCCUUCGGAGACAGCCGUUGCGGAUUUCGGGGUUCCACUUUCAUUGGCGCACCCCUCAACCUUGACGGUGAGACAAAACACACUCAACCUCUGCCAUACGAUGCCAGCCACGUAACCAUGACUUACUCGGCUCUGAAUACCCUCCUCAUAUUGGGCGACGAUUUGUCGCGCGUGAACCGCGACGCAGUGAUGGCAGGCAUCCUGGCCCUUCAGUCCGAAAACGCCAACUUUAUCAAUGCGAGCCUCCUCUGCCACGAGUUCGAUGCGCGUUUUGUUUUCAGUGCUGUUGCCAGCGCCUACAUUGUUGAUCAGCUGGAUAAAUUGGACAUCGAGGCCUACAUUCGAUUUAUCACAAAGUCCCUGGUAUGUACGUCUGCUUUCCCCCGUCUUUGGAAUGUGCAUUCAUUCCACUUCUGUAACGACGACGACUUUGUUACUCGAUGUCGUUAGCGAUUAUUCUGGCUUUUUAAAACUGCGUCCGCCCUUUAGCUCUGCCUUCACCAAGCGGAUUAUUUUUAUUUAGACGGGAUCACGAGGAUCUACAUUCAUCAUUAUCCACCCCCCGCGACCUGUAGGAAGUAUGGGAAGAUAUGAUGGUGUUUUUGAAGUAUCGAAUGAAAGACCGUAGACCAGGGCAUCAUUUCUCAGUCGCGAAGUCAUCUUUUAUCUUAGUUCGCAUCGUCUUUGCCAACCGCAACUGAACCAGUUUAAUGCAGCCUUGAGGUAUCCAAACCGAGGGUUAUUUGUUCCUACUCGAGUGAUAUUUUCCUAUAACUCGCAGCACAACUUCAUCGCAACGUUUGAAGUAGGAAUUUUGCUAUAUUCAUCAUGUUUCGAGGACAUUUUGGGUUAAUUUAAUUUAAGGGUUCACCUAGGCCUUAAGUCUAUGCUCACCGCCUAACUGUUUUCGCAAACGUAGCGUCGACUGAACGCAGAAGAAGGGCGUGAGUGUGAUAACAGGACUCGCAGUCCAUGUACUGCCCCCUUUCCAUUCUAUUAUUUUCAAAUGCCAUGUUGGACCAGAAACUCUUGUAAAUUUGGUUCUCUAGAUAAAAACGCGGCUGCUUCAAGUCUUAGAGGGACCACACACGUUUGCGCCAUCUUUACAAGUGAAAAGGAGGCCAGUAGAUCGGUGACAAUCGUUGCUGCGUCAUUCGUUCGUUUUCUCGUUACUUAAAACAUUAUUUCAGGGGCUCAUGUGGACUCUAGAAAUACCGUGCAACCAUAAACGAUAUCUUCCUAGCCCCCAACUUCAGGAAUCGGGGUUCAACCCCUGUAUUAUCGUCGUCCUUUAAACUGUAGACUGAAGCCGAGUCCAAAAAAUGAUAAUGAUACUGAUCGCCCCACUGCUGCGAAGCAGUGUUUCGAAGACGAGAUCGCAGGCCGCAGUCGGUCAAACCUUCAAUGGGCGUCAGUCCUCGGUAAGGGUAUGGCAUAUGACCGAAGUAUCUAGAACUGACUACUUAUCUAAGUAGGCGUUGUUCGGUACAGUUCUUGGUCUGGAACUAGUCACGCCCUUUCUGCUUGUAGAAUCAUUGUGACAUCCUUCCCAACACCCUAUUGAUGUUGUACACGACCGUGUACACAGCACAUCUCCUUAUUUCGGAGACCCGGACAGUCUACCAAAAUCACGUGAUAGAGCCGAGCCACCGUUGCCCAAGCUCAAUUUGGGUGAUAAUAAAUGUCAGAUGACAAGAACGGUGCUCGUACAGUCGGGUUUUGGAAUCAAUGCAUGCUGAGCACUUUCAUAUUUGCUGAGGCGGAUUCAGUUUUGAUGAAUCAGCUACAGUGGCUAUUCCAGAUAAGCUCUGUCGGGACAAUUGUUCGGCGAUGACGCUGCUAGGUAUCCUAAGCAACUGGACGUUGGAAAAAAACUCCUCGGGGUCAACCGGGAACUCCGGUAAACCGCACAAGAUCAACGAUUGUUGCGAACUGCCAUAAAGACUUGGGUACCAGUUGUUGAAGCCAACCGAGUAAAGGAAGCCAUAAAUAAAAGGUACCGAGGAGCAACACUGCCAACAACCUUAUCCAUUCCCACGUGUCCUUAAUGUCAACGCACAAUCUUGGUUCAAAUUCGCUCUGUGGACCAUCAUCGCCUUCACUGCAUCAUUUUCACUAGUAAUUCCGAAGUCGGUACGGUGCCGAAGGAAAUCGAUAAUGCCGUUUAACCGGCUUACGUAUCCUGCCACCUGGAACGCAUGCUCCACACCCGAAUUUUACUGACUGGGCAUCUCUGCUUCCAAACUGCCCUCAAGUCAUUCCUACCACCACCACCACCACCACCACCAC